UAGGGAAACCUCAGGGGCCUAAAUAAAUUCAGCAAAAAUUCGAAUCAACCACAAGAGCCGAGAAAAGGGCACAGAGACACAUUACCUAAGAGCUGAACAGCGGGACCAAAACCCUAACCCCUGCACCGCCCUCACCGAUCUACUCGCCGCCGUUCAUUCCUCGCCGGAAUCCGACAUCCCCGCUUCUCUCUCUACACCCUCCGCCACUCGCAAUGACGGCUAUGAUGCAACCUCAGAUCAUAUUGCUUAAGGAAGGGACGGACACGUCCCAAGGGAAGGCACAACUGGUGAGCAACAUAAAUGCGUGCAUGGCUGUGGCAGAUGUCGUGCGCACCACUCUUGGGCCAAGGGGUAUGGACAAGCUGAUCCAUGAUGAGAAAGGCAAUACCACCAUUUCGAAUGACGGUGCCACAAUCAUGAAACUUCUUGACAUUGUUCACCCAGCUGCUAAGAUCCUUGUUGAUAUUGCCAAGUCUCAGGAUUCUGAGGUUGGUGAUGGAACUACUACUGUGGUUCUGCUUGCAGGGGAAUUUCUGAAGGAGGCCAAGCCUUUUAUUGAGGACGGGGUCCACCCUCAAAAUCUAAUCCGGAGUUUUCGCACUGCAGCGUACUUGGCAAUUGAGAAGGUCAAAGAACUAGCCAGUAGCAUAGAAGGAAAAAGUCUACAAGAAAAGAAACGUUUACUCGCAAAUUGUGCUGCUACAACUUUGUCUUCAAAGCUUAUUGGUGGAGAAAAGGAGUUCUUUGCAACCAUGGUUGUGGAUGCUGUCCUUGCAAUUGGCAGUGACGACAGGCUGAAUAUGAUUGGAAUCAAGAAGGUUCCAGGAGGUAACAUGCGGGACUCCUUCCUUGUAAAUGGCGUUGCCUUCAAAAAGACAUUCUCAUACGCUGGUUUUGAGCAGCAACCAAAGAAGUUUGUAAUGCCCAAAAUUCUCCUAUUAAACAUUGAAUUGGAGCUGAAAUCAGAGAAAGAAAAUGCCGAGAUAAGACUUUCAGAUCCUUCACAGUAUCAGUCAAUUGUUGAUGCAGAAUGGAAUAUUAUUUAUGAUAAGUUGGAUAAAUGUGUGAAAAGUGGGGCCAAAAUUGUGCUUUCACGACUCGCUAUUGGUGAUCUAGGCACACAGUAUUUUGCAGAUCGAGAUAUAUUUUGUGCGGGUCGAGUUGCUGAAGAGGAUCUGCAACGAGUUGCAGCUGCAACGGGUGGAACAGUACAGACAUCUAUUAAUAACAUUAUUGAUGAGGUUCUUGGAUCUUGUGAGCUUUUUGAGGAGAGGCAAGUUGGGAAUGAGCGGUUUAACAUAUUUAGCGGAUGCCCAUCUGGUCAGACAGCCACUAUAGUUCUCCGUGGUGGAGCCGAUCAGUUCAUUGAGGAAGCUGAACGGAGUUUACAUGAUGCAAUCAUGAUUGUUAGAAGAGCUAUGAAGAAUUCUACUGUUGUGGCUGGUGGUGGUGCAAUAGAUAUGGAGAUAAGCCGAUAUUUGAGGCAGCAUGCACGGACAAUAGCUGGAAAGUCGCAGCUUUUUAUUAACUCUUACGCUAAAGCUCUUGAGGUUAUCCCACGACAACUCUGUGACAAUGCUGGUUUUGAUGCGACUGAUGUGCUGAACAAACUGAGACAGAAACAUGCACUACAGACUGGUGAGGGUGCAUUGUAUGGGGUGGAUAUUAACACUGGUGGAAUUGCUGAUAAUUAUGCUAAUUUUGUGUGGGAGCCAGCAGUAGUCAAGAUCAAUGCCAUAAAUGCGGCUACUGAAGCAGCCUGCCUCGUCUUAAGUGUGGAUGAGACAGUGAAAAACCCAAAGUCAGAAAGUGCUCAGGGAGAUGCUGCUGCAAUGGGUGGUAGAGGUCGUGGUGGAGCUGCUUUCCGUGGUCGUGGUGGACGAGGAAUGCGGAGGCGAUAGGCUUUCCACAUCCCAAAUCCUUGUUGUAACAGAUCAAAGUUUUGGUGGCUUUCAAAAUACCGAUUCUUCUCCCAGUGCUGAACACUACAGAACUUCGGCUAAGCUUGGCAAAAUUCACUGUGAUCUGUAGUUUCUUUGUGCUAUGAAUUGGUAUUUUUGGGUUUUUAAUUUUCGCUGUGAUCUGUAGUUACUUUGUGCAAUGAAUCGGUAUUUUUGGGUUUUAAUUCACUGUGAUCUGUAGUUUCUUUCUGCAAUGAAUUGGUGUUUUUGAGUUUUACAAACUCUCUCUCUCUCUGCAAUGAAUUUGGGUUUUUGUA